AUGGAUACUCAAGCACCACCCCAAGUUUACGACAAGCAGCAGAGGACGAGUUCAACCACUCCCACAAGGUUUAACACCGGCGGUAAUGCUGCCUCCCACGUUGGAUUCUUCAUCCUACGUUUCUUGCAGUUUUGCAGUGCCGUUCUAGUCAUGUCGCUUUUGGCAUACAGUUUGAACAGCUACAACUUCUUUGGUUCCAAGAGGGCCAAUUUCUGCCUUUCUGUCGGGGUCAUUGGUACUUUCUACAUUAUGUGCGUGAUCGUGCUUGUGUGGCUCAUGCCAAAGGUCGUUCUGGUGGGCCCAUAUCUGAUUAUGGAGAUCGUUAUAUGCCUGCUAUGGCUCUGUGGGUUCAUCGUCAGUGCAAAAGUGUUCGGUUCGCAUUCGUGUUCUUCUAAUGGGUUUUCGUACGACCCUUUUGUCGGGAGAAUCACAGACCACUCACACAAGCGGGCAUGUCAGGCUGCCAAAUCGUCGAUCGCCUUCUCCGGGUUCUCCUUCGUCCUGGGUGUCAUUACAAGCAUUCUACUUGGUGUCUACGUGCUGAAGCCCAUCACUGAGGCUUACGGGAACGGUGGUCUUUGGAAGACCGGUUCCUCCAUGGGGACAAGACUCCACCGUUCUUCUGGUUUGGAGUUGAAUAACCCACCAAACGGCGAGUCCGGUUAUGCUGGAGACUCGUACGGCACAACGGGUACUGCCGUGGCGCCUGCACAAGACGACCUGGAGGCAAACAACAGGGUCUACAACAGAGACCAGCGCACCGUGUCCACCAACUCUACAAACAACGACGGUUCUUACCACCACGAAAAAGUGGUACACGCCUCGGGAAGAGUCAGUGGUGACACCGCCGUUUCCAAUGGUGUCCCAGCUGCUACCACCACCGCCAACACAGCCACUAAUAACGAGUUCGGGUAUUGA